AUGACAACUACUCAAGCAUGGUCAAUAACACUACUAAUAAUAUGCACAUUGCAGAAUCAUCUAAUAACGACCAAAGCAGAUAAAAUAUCAAGUUUACCUGGCCAGCCAAAUGCCAACUUCCAACAAUUUUCAGGCUACAUUAAUGUCGACGAAAAAAAGGAAAGGUUUCUUUUUUAUUACUUUGUGGAGGCAGAAACCGAGCCCGACUCAAAGCCUCUUGUUCUCUGGUUAAACGGAGGGGUUGGAUGCUCGUCAUUUGGAGUCGGGGCAUUUGUCGAACACGGUCCCUUUAGACCAAACGGGAAAGUUUUAGUUCGAAAUAACUACAGUUGGAACAAAGCUGCAAAUAUGUUGUACUUGGAAUCAUCGGCUGGAGUUGGAUUUUCAUAUUCUACUAAUAAAUCCUUCUACAAAUACGUUGACGACAAAAUUACAACUAGAGAUAACCUUAAGUUCCUUGAGAAAUGGAUAGAAGAAUUCCCAGAAUUUAAAGAGAGAGAAUUUUACAUUACUGGAGAAGGUUAUUCAGGGCAUUAUGCUCCACAACUAGCCAGCCUCAUUAUUCAAUCAAAGUCGAAACUCAGCCUCAAAGGAGUUGCAAUAGGAAAUCCUCUUUUGGAAUUCGAUACAGAUAGGAACUCGGCGGCCGAGUUUUGGUGGUCUCACGGUCUGAUAUCCGAUUUCACAUAUAAACAAUUGACUUUCGUGUGCAAUUAUUCUCAAAUAUUAAGGCAAUAUGACAACAAACCCAUGACACCUGAUUGCAAAAGGGUGUCCAAACUGCUUAGAUCCGAGAUAAGUGAUUUUGUGGAUUACUAUGAUGUCACUCUCGAUAUUUGUUUGUCGCCUGUUGCGUUGCAAGCUCGGGUUCUUAAUAAAUUGAGAGAUGAGCCGAAGAUAGAUGUAUGUGUAGAAGAUGAAACGUACGUGUACCUGAACAGAAAAGACGUGCAAAAGGCUCUUCAUGCUCGUCUUUUUGGAGUUAAGGAAUGGGGCAUGUGCAGCAGUGUUGUAGAUUAUGACAGGAAAAAUAUAGAAACACCGACCAAUGGCAUUUUAGGAUCACUAGCCAAGUCCAACAUCAGAGUCUUAGUUUUCAGUGGGGACCAAGAUUCUGUUACCCCACUGAUUGGGACCCGAACGCUAGUUAACCAGCUGGCUAAACAACUCGGCUUGAACACCACUCAACCGUACAGAGCUUGGUUGGAAGCAAAACAGGUUGCUGGGUGGACACAAUCCUACGGUGACUAUCUAUCGUAUGCGACAAUACGUGGGGCCUCACACAUGGCUCCAUUCUCGCAACCCGAGAGGUCUCUUCUUUUGUUCAGCUCGUUUGUUGCCGGAAAACCGUUGCCAGUAGUGAAGGCAUAG